UUAUAACUUUUUUUCUAAAUUUAUUUUAACUUAACAUUACACUUAUGUUCCAAAUUGCUCAUAUGUUUUGAAAAAGAAAAAUCCUGUUCAAUGGAAAAAAAGUUCCAGAUAUCUCAAAGUGACACAUUUUAGAGCUGUAAUUGCAAUACCGUGAUACUGUGAAACUGAUAUUUUGGUCUAAAGUUAUCAUACCAUCAAAAUUUCAUACCUGCACAUGCCUGAAUGGAGUGAUUGAAAAAAAUGUGCAUGAAUGAGUUAAAUUCAACUAAGCUCUAAACAUGAUUUAAAAAAAAAAAAAAAAAAUUAAAUUGGAGAAUCAAUGUUUCAAUGAUGUGAAAAUAUUUUAGUGGGAAAUAUUAUUUUUAAAGCUGUAUGGUUACUUUUGUCUUUCAGUCAGCCAAGGAGACAGACGGCGUCUCGUUCCUGGACAGCAUUCUGAAAGAUCACAACUACACCUCGCCACCUGAAAUUAAGGAGCUGUGGUUGCACGACCACAAUUAUUCCCUCAAACUGGGCAGCUCCAAGGAGGGCUGUGACCAGGGUGAGUACUUAAUACUUGAAAACGACCAGGCUGCCGUGGUUCACACGGGUAUAACCCUGAAGACGCUGAACGUCUUGGUGGAGGCGGUGCAAUGUUACGCCAGCGACGACUUCUGGCCCUCCGUGCGCUCUCAGGUUCUCAUGACGCUAAUGAAGCUAAAAACCAAUCAACCUCUCGCCGUCCUGAGCAUGUACUUCCGCACGUCCGAGCCCACCGCCGUCAAAAUUGUGGAAUUCUGGAUCGACGUGCUGGGGGCGGUCUUGCGGCCCUUCGUCCCGUGGCUCCCCAAACAAAUCGUCCGGGCGACUGUGCCGGUUGAGUGCAACGGGAGCAUCAUGCACCACUUUCAGGGGCGCAGCUUGCCCAGCGCUGUCAAGUACCUGACAGCCGUGUCCCCGUGCGGCCUUAUCGUGUUCGUAUCGGCCGCCUUCGCCGGUUGUCGCGACUGCGCCCACGUGCCCCAGGGCUCUGGAUUGCUGGAUCACCUCGUGCCGGGCGACGAGGUCACGACUCGGGGUGGCUUCGCCGUCAAAAAAUUGCUGUUGGAGGGGCAGGUCUAUCUGGUCGUUUCGUCGCUCAGCAAAAUCGACAACUUGCCCGCCGCCACGUCUUCCCCUUCCGGCAACGUCGCACACGUCGGAAAGCAAGUCGAAAGCGCUAUUCAGCACUUGAUGAGUUACAAGAUACUUGCGCAGGGAGUUCCCACUGCUUUGCUGCCGCGAAUAGAUAAUAUUCUCUGCGUUUGCGCUGCACUGACCAAUCUGAGGGCUCAAACUUUAAACUAGCAACAUUUUUUUCUUGCUGUUUUUUUAAACAUAUCCAAAAACAUUCCCAUAUAUCACUCAGUCCUUCCAGCUUCAAGUUUUUUUAUUAGAAUUUUAGUUGCGACAAUGAUCUUCCAUAUUCUGAGUAUACGAUACAGUAUUUAACCAUAAUCAUACAUAGAAAAUGUGAGAUAAAUGGUAAAUGUCUUAGCUAAUUUUACAAGUUAUCUUUUUAUAUGUUUGAAGCAAGUGGUACUGCUACUGUUACUCAACGCUUGUUACAACUUGAGGAAGUUAAUUGCACUAAACUACUAAACCUCUCCCAGUUCAAUUGAAUUGGACGUCUACUGCCGUCAAUUGCACUGAAACAGACAAAAUGAAUAAAAAAGGGACCUUAUUUUUUUUAACUAGUCUAUUUGUUUUGUUUUAAUUUAAGUGGGAAACAAAAAUAAUUUCAAAAGAAAAAAUAAUGUUCAUGGAUGUACAGUAAUCCCUCAUUUUUCGCGAUUAAAGGGCAGCAAAAAUUGAAAAACCACAAAGCAGGAUUUUCCCUCCCACCCCCAAAAAUUAAAAAUGAUAAACGUAAACAGUACUUACAGUAUUUACAUGCACUUACACAUUCUAUAUAGAGCACCUUAUACAUUCAUUCCAUGAUGAGUUUGGGGAACUUGGCACACCUGAAUGUCGUAGAGGGCCACUCGUGAGUCGAGGUGGGUAGUAAUGGCCCAAAUACACCAGAUGCAUGAUCGUUGCGGUUCCAGUCCGACUCCGGUAAAAAAUAGCGCCGGAGCCAAUGCGUUCCCAUUAUAUCCUAUUGUUCAACGUAUACCGGCCGCGUCAGUGAUCCGGAUUGCCUGCGGACUAUCUCCGGCGGGCUGCAGGCCAUUUCCUAUUUUUGACGGACACGCAUCCGACAAAAUGGGCGGAGCUGGGCCUGGACGUAACAGCCCAGUUGCUUAUUCAUGGUUUAAACACCAGCAAACAUGGACGAAGAACGUUUCAUCAUGGAGGUGGAAAGUCACAAAGUGAUAUACGAUGCAGCAGAUCGUUAUUAUAAGGACAGCAUUAAAAGGGAAGCUGCAAGGUGUCCUAUUAUGUGUCUUUUUCUGGCAAUGAUAUCAAACACACGACGUGCUGACAACUUUGAGCGGAGAAAAAAAAAAAGCAGCGUAUCUGAAAGUGGCUCCACUGCAGAAAUUCUCAUGCCCGGUGCACACACAAUGUCGGUUUGUAUACAGCAGACAUGGCCAAAGUCCGGCUCGGGGGCCAAAUGCGGCCCAUGGUCAAAUUCCAUCCGGCCCCAGCCUUUGUCAUAAAAUCAAUAACAUCUGGCCCGCACACAGACUUAAUAAAUUGGUCAGCAGUACUGCAACCAGCAUAUGAAGUAGCUUACACACGAAAUGCUGCUCCUCAUUUACCCACUAAAAGGAAGCAGCACUUUAACCCUUUAUUGCCAAAUGGAUCACAUUUGAUACACCUAAAAUUUCAUGAUUUUCAGACUAAUUUAGAAUUUUGACAUUUCUUUUUGGGAAAAAAAAAGAUGGAUGCAAGUCAACACAUGCAUCUGCAGGUGCCAUAAAAUUUUUUAAAAGAAAAACAUGAUUUAGCAUGGGUUAUAGAUAUUAGAGCGCUUAUUACACAUAUUGAUUUUGACUUUUCACAAAUUUGAAAAAGUUUUCAUUAGGACCUUAUUUUUUAAUGUUGGGAUUCUCUGAUGAUUGCUUCAUGUUGCAGGCGUUUAAGGGCUAAGCAACAUUAGUCCGUGUGACCCUCUACUUUCAAUUUUCUAAAAUGGCGACAAUCAACAAAAAAAGUUGACUGUGACGGCGGACGCUUCAAGGAUAGGUGGAAAUUGGACUAUUUCUUCACUAAAAUACGCAACAACUGUGUCUUGCCCCAUUUGCAAAGAGACAGUCGCUGUUUAUAAAGAGUUCAAAAUGUGAGGCGAUAUUACCAAACAAGACACGCUGACAUGUACGACAAGAUUACAGAAAAGAUACGCAAUGAGAAAUUGAAGCAACCUGAAGCUAGUUUAAUUUCACAGCAGUAGUAUUUCGCAAGAACCCGAGAGUUGAAAGAGAACGCCACAAAGGCUAGUUGCGAGAUUGUUGAAAUUAUUCAUUAAAAAAAAAAUAAUAAAGCAAAUGUGACACACUGAAUGUCUUGCUAAAUUUUGCUUAAAUAUAUUGUUCUACAUAAAGGACGUCAGCCAAGGUCGGCCCCCCACAUUUUUACCACGCCAAAUCUGGCCCCCUUUGCAAAAACUUUGGACACCCCUGGUUAGGGCUGGGCGAUAUGGCCUUAAACAUGUAUCACGAUAAAUUGAGCAGAUUUAUCUCGAUAACGAUAAAUGACGAUAAAUUCGCCCAAGCGGACUGUUAUAUAAUUUGAAAAUCUGAAUCAAUGCAUGAAAUACAGAUUAACUAUUUCUUGUUGAUUUAUUUACCAGCAUUCAAUUUGAUAUACUGUAUUUAACAAUUGUACAUGCAGUCUAAACAUUAAAUUUAUAAAAAUUAGGGCUGUCAAAAUUAUCGCGUUAACUGGCGUUAAUUAAUUUUUUUAAUUAAUCACGUUAAAAUAUUUGACGCAAUUAACGCACUUGCCCAGCUCAGACAUAUUUAAAUGUCACUAGAGUGAAAGGCCCACCUGUUAAUUGUGUUUUGCGGAGUUUUGCUGCCCUCUGCUGGCGUUUGGGUGCGACUGAUUUUAUAGUGUAAGUAAUUAUUGCCAUCAACAAUGGCGGGCUACUAGUUUAUUUUUUGAUUGAAAAUUUAACAAAUUUUAUUAAAACGAAAACAUUAAGAGGGGUUUUAAUAUAAAAUUUCUAUAACUGAUUUAGAACUGAUUUAUUGUUAUAAUAAACAAAUACAGUCCUUAUGUACCGCAUGUUGAAAAUAUAUAUCCAUCUUGCGUCUUAUCUUUCCAUUCCAACAAUAAUUUAGAGAAAAAUAUGGCAUAUUAUAUAGAUGGUUUGAAUUGCGAUUAAUUACGAUUAAUUAAUUUUUAAGCUGUAAUUAACUCGAUUAAAAAUUUUAAUCCUUUGACAGCCCUAAUAAAAAUGUAUUGUAAGCAAUAAGAAUUCAAGUAUGAACAUUUAUAACAGCGUGUAUGACUUGAACAAUGUACAUUGUCAAAAUCAAUAUGCCUGUGCAAACAUGUAAUUGUAACACAAAUGACUUGCAGCUUGAACAGUACACUUCAAAAAGACAACUUAUUGUUAAUGGCUGCUGUGAUAUAAUUAUUAAAUACAAGUGUUUACUUUAUGGUUUAAGGGUUUUUUCCCCCCCCAGUGCAUUUUUUCAUAAAUGCACGCACAAUAAAAAUAGCUGGGGCCAUUUCUCGGUCAUUAUAAGUUUCGCCGUUGGAUUGUACUUUAUGCAGAAUUCUUUACCAUCACAAAAGCUAUCAGAGGAAUCACACACAGAGACAGAUACAAAAUAACGCCACAUAGUAAUUGCUAGAUGCAGUCCGUGCCCAAUCCACUCAUUAAGUUCAGCCGUUUCGACAAGGUUAGAGCAUCUAUCCGACUCCAUAACGUUCAUUUGUAGCGUUAGCCGCUAGCUAGCGUUAGCCUGGCUACCAGUAGAAAGCACUGAAAGCACCAUCUCCGGAAAUCGUGAGAACAAAGGAGGACAGCGGGUGAAAGCCCGUCUGGAUGCCACCAAGAGUCUACUAAAUGUCGGUUGAAAGUUUGGUGAACCUCCCUUAAGCCACACUCCAUCACGUUUUGCUUGUAGCGUUAGCUGCUAGCGUUAGCUUACCGGGCUUUUGUUUGAUUGGCUUCCUGAUGAUCACGUGACUCCCUACGUAAGCACAUUCACUGCUUUCUUAAAGGGGAAUGAACAUAGACGAACAACACAGAAUCAAAGCGGGAUGAAAAGACUAUUUUCUUGUUUUAUUAAUUUACCGAAUUUACCGACAUGGUCAAAAUUACGUCGGUCAUCGUUAAGAAUUUCGGUGACGGUAAAUUUUCGGUUUACUGCCCUGCUCUACCCCUGGUAUACAGAGUCGAGGGGGAAAAGUACGAAAGAGAAUAAAGAGACACCCAUAAGUUUCGACCUGGUGGUCUAUUCAAGACGUUUCUCUUUCUUUCCUACAUUUUACUUGACUUUUCAUAGAAAAUCCAACAGUUUGCGCUGGGCACAGGAAUCUGCAGUGUUGAGACACCAAUUCCAAGUACGCUGUUUUUUAGUUCAUGUAGUAUAUAAUUCGCUAUACAUUUUAUAAAUAUUACAGAUUAUUUAACAGUUGUUUAUAACAACUCUAUCAGAUGUUAUGUGCCAUAAAUUCUAUGUGCACAAAGAUAUAAACCAGAUAUGUCCAAAGUCCGGCCCGGGGGCCAAAUGCGGCCCGUGGACAAAUUUCAUCCGGCCCCCAGCAUCUGUCAUAAAAUCAAUAACGUCUGGCCCGCACACAGACUUAAUAAAUUGGUCAGCAGUACUGCUACCAGCAUAUGAAGUAUCUUACACACUAAAUGCUGCUCCUCAUUUACCCAUGAAAAGGCAGCAGCACUCUAACCAACAUUACCCCGUGUGGCCUUUACUCCCAAUUUUCUAAAAUGGCGACAAUCAACAACAACAACAAAAAAGAACGUUGACUGCGACGGCCGACGCUUCAAGGAUAGGUGGAAAUUGGACUGUUUCUUCACUCAAAUACGCAACAACUGUCUGCCUCAUUUGCAAAAAGACAAUUGCUGUUUUUAAAGAGUUCAAUGUGAGGCGAUAUUACCAAACAAGACACGGUGACAUGUACGACAAGAUUACAGGGAAGAUCCGUAGCGAGAAAUUGAAGCAACUUGAAGCUAGUUUAAUUUCACAGCAGCAGUAUUUCGCAAGAGCCCGAGAGUCGAAAGAGAACGCCACAAAGGUUAGUUGCGAGAUUGUUGAAAUUAUUAAUUAAAAAAAAAAAAAUAAAGCAAAUGUGACACACAGAAUGUAUUGCUAAAAUUCACUUAAAUAUAUUGUUCGACAUAAAGGACGUCAGCCAAGGUCGGCCCCCCAAAUUUUUACCACACCAAAUCUGGCCACCUUUGCAAAAAGUUUGGACACCCCUGAUAUAAACCCACCGACACAACCAAAGGCAAAAUAGGGCCCCGCCCUCCAACCCCCCACACAAGGAGCCCUGAUCUCAACAUGAUGCAGUCAAUCUGGAAUUAAGAGACAGAUAUAACUAAAAUAUCAAUAUGCAAAGAAAAAAUGUGCUCUCUCUCUGCUUCUCUGAUAAGUAUAGACUACGUGUGUUUUUCGUUGUUUUAAAUGGCGCAUUAUAGCGCGCGAUCACGCGAGCGCUCACGAGGGAACGGAGUUGGCGGACCGCAGCCGUGCGCAGCCGGUAUGAUUUGCCUGUUUUUGACGUACUGCGUGGCACGCAGACAACACUGAGCCGGAGCGGAACCGGAACAAUCAUGCAUCUGGUGUAUUUGGGCCCUAAUGCUUUUCAUUUACUUUAUCAACUUUUUGAUAACAAUGUCCUUGCUACUUACUUGAGUAGAUUUGUGAGGAAGAAAGCAACUCUUACUCUGCUACACUUGUCGUUGCAUUUUUCCUCUUUAUUCUACAUACUGUAUUGGCCUGAAUGUAAGAGAGCCCUGAUUAUAAGACGACCCCCUCUUUUUCAAGACUCAAGUUUGAAAAAACUUUAUAAACACCAAAUUAAUUUUUAUUAGAGCUGUCAAACGAUUCAAAUUUUUAAUCAAGUUAAUCACAGCUUAAAAAUUAAUCGUAAUUAAUCGCAAUUCAAACCAUCUCUAAA